UGGGCACGCGCAGCCUGUCGUUGCUGCCGUCGGUGUCCUACCAGCAUCUGUUCCUCUUUUGGUAUUAAAAAUAGACCGGUGCUGAUAACAGACUUAUGUUUCGACUGCAUCAUUUGCCGUCGGGAAUCUUUUGUGCGCUACUUUCAUUUUAAUCACCGAGCCGUGACCGCGAGAGCGCAAAUGCGCAUCGGUCUGCGCAUCUUUGAAUCUUCAGAACCACACUGUGGACAAUCUCCCUGACAUCCAAAGACCUCUCCCCCGCAAUCCUACGAGGCUUCUUCGCCGUUUAUGGCCGCACAUCGGCAUCCCUGAGCCGCCGGCCUCGUUCCGGACCUUUCACUCAUCGCUGCUCUCAAAAGCUCUCAGAAUCAGGGAGACAUUUCUACACCAAAUUGAAACCGUCCUCGGCUGGCUAUUUUUAAAGAACCCGGUGCGAUGCUGGGCCCGUCUCUCUAGAUCUUGUGAUCACUAGCCUGCACGAUCUCUCCUCCCACAUUCGUCCGAUCAAGACCCCGGUACUCUGAUCGAGCCCCAACGAUGCAUCGUAACGCAGUGAUGCUGGCUGUGGUCCUUUUGGGGAACUUGAUGCUACCUUUCAUCUCUGCUCAAAACGCUGGGUUUGUCAAGUCUCCACUCUCAGAGACUAAGCUUACAGGAGACACCUUUGAGCUGUACUGCGAGGUGGUCGGUUACCCCACUCCAGAGAUCCAGUGGUGGUAUGCUGAGGUCAACCGAGCUGACUCCUUCAAGCAGCUGUGGGACGGAGCCCGCAAACGUCGGGUAUCUAUCAACACAGCCUACGGCACCAAUGGAGUCAGUGUGCUCGGUAUCACACGCCUCACACUGGAGGACUCUGGGACCUAUGAAUGUCGGGCAAGCAACGACCCCAGGCGCAAUGACCUCCGACAAAACCCAGCCAUCACUUGGAUCCGCGCCCAGGCCACCAUUUCGGUGCUACAGAAACCAAAGAUCAAUGCCUCUGAUCAGACCAUCUUAACAGCAGACACCUCUAGUAAACAAGUUAUCCUGCAGUGUAACCUCACCACUGCCCAUACACGCCACAAGGAAAGCUUCUGGAUGAAAAAUGGACAGGAUAUCCCCAACACACGGACGGAACAGAAGGACACAAUAUACAGAAUCAACAAGCCACGUGCUGACGAUUCUGGGGAAUACAUGUGUGUUUACACAUUUGACACGGCACCAAAUGCCAACGCUACGAUUGAAGUAAAAGCAAAACCGGAUAUCACUGGCCACAAGCGAAGUGAAAACAAAAAUGAGGGAGAGAAUGCAACGCUUUACUGCAAGUCUGUCGGUUAUCCACAUCCCACCUGGACAUGGCGUAAGAUGGAUGGAAAAUCCCCAAUGGAGCUUGACAACUCGACUGGGCGAAUCUUCAUCACCAAUAGAGACAAUUACACAGAGCUCAACAUACUAAACCUGGAUAUUAACACGGAUCCUGGAAUAUAUGAAUGCAAUGCCACUAAUGCAAUUGGAAAUAAUGCUCAGACUACAAUUCUUCGAGUCCGCAGCCAUCUUGCACCACUUUGGCCUUUUCUGGGUGUUCUGGCAGAAAUUAUAAUCCUAGUAGUCAUCAUCGUUGUGUAUGAGAAACGCAAGAGGCCAGACGACAUCAUCGAUGAUGAUGAACCAGUUGGGCAAAUGAAAACAAAUUCAACAAACAACCACAAGGACAAAAACAUUCGCCAGAGGAAUACGAAAUAAGCAAUUUACUCAAAUGAGAUGGCUAAACUGCAUUUUUUUGACUACGUGAAGGUGUCAGAGGUGGAUGGAGCUCUGGGCAGUUUUGAAAAAAGCAUAUCUUGUCUCAUUUUAUGAGAAACAAUAUCAGCAUAACACUGGCAACAAAAAGAACAUAAUGGCUGUCUUAAGCAUGCCUUAUUCAGUCUUAAGUGGAGAUUUCAGGAUGAAGAAUAAUGACUAAAACCACCACAGAGGUGUACACAUUUUUAAUGUGCUGUUGAUGUCUCCUUUCUUGAUUUUAUCAUGUCCUCAAAUGAGGUGAUCCCUUUUGUAUUACAUAUCAUGUAAAAUGCAUGCAAGAUAAUUACAACGCAAUAGGAUACUCAGAAUAGACAUUUUCUGUUGUUAUCCCUCGUGUGGCUUUUUUGCAUCCAAAAUUACCUUUUUUAUGGAGUCAUCCUUGCAUAUACAUAUACACAUAUAUGUAUAUAUAUAUACAC